AUGGAGCUUGCUGUCAAAUCGACCUACUCUGAGCAGCCGAAUGGCCACAUGGAAUGCGCGCCCUUCGCCAGAUUGCAAAGACUUGGCAACAUUGUGGAGGCAGUGGUGGUGUUCGCGUACACCGGCAGCAUCGAAAUCUCCAUGGACAACGCUGUGCGGCUUUUCCUGCUGGCGAGUAACCUGGGUUCGCGCACAAUCACCUCCUGGUGCGCUGAAUUCCUUCGACCCAGGUUUGUUGCUUGA